AUAAACGUUUUUCAAAAAUCCAACGUGAAUACAAAGAUUACAUUGAAAAAACUUGGUGCCUGUGUUUUAAACUAGAUUCUUGCCAUCUCGAACAUUCUUGUUCGUCAUUGACCCAGUAAAGCAAACGCUAAAACAAUAUCGACGAGAGUCAGGAGCGAGACAGGUGUUCGCAGCCCAUUUCUCUGUUGCGUUACACACUCGCGUUGUGACUGCAGAUGUCGCCCUACAGCAGCCUCAGGACAGGAUGGCAAUGGCACAUUCGUUCUCUCGCGACGCAUUUACGCAUGAUGUAACCCUAAUGUUCAAGUUAAAAACCCAGUCCAAACCGUGCACAAAAUAAUCCUCCAGACUGUGUCGAAUCAUUCUGUUCACUUAGUUUGACUUGUCACGACGGCGCAAUGACCGGUCCCCUCUUCUUAUUAUAGAGCCCUGGGUACAUGGCAAAUACCCGCAGGACCUGUUGCCGGGGUAAAUAUGGCUGAUAGGAUGCUCGGUGGUUUGCUGUGUAUCUUUCUUCUUGGUGCGUGGCGGAUCGCUUUUUGGGGCAAAAUGGUGAAUGUGACCUGAAUGCGGGUUGUUCUCGAGUAGAAAAUCACGGCAAACGCACUUUUCACCAGGCAUCGAUUGCAUUUCCAGCUGCUUUUCGCAGCGUUAGUCAUCGCGUCAGCGGUCUGCCGCGGUGGCCCGACUGCCGUUUCUCUAUUAGUUGAUGUCGCGCGGCGUAUUAACACAAUUUACGCACAUUUACGCCAGCAGGUUGCCUGCUUUCGAGGGAUUUCUUUCUACGGCUGGCUGGUCGGUCGGACGCUCCCGUGACAUUAGUGCACAUUUGCGCCAGAACUUCCAGCAGACGGCUGAGAUCUGCUCACGUAAAAGCCGCUGAGCGGAGGGCGCGCGCUUGUUGCAUCGCCCAGCCGAACAGCAGCGCGUCGUUUGCGCGGCGGAGCGCGUCUUUGGAGCUUUUUCGCAUCUCCGCCGCUUUUGUGUGCACGAGCGAGGCGUCUUUCUGUCCUUCCGCGCGAUAUUGAUGAUGGUGAUGAUGACAUUGGCUGGAUAGAUAGCUAGCUAGAGAGCGAGAGACAGUGUGUGUGUGAGAGAGAGAGACAGAGAGAGAGGGAGUGUGUGCGCGAGGAGCGUCUUGCAGCAAAGGAGCGUCAUUUAUGCAUGCAUGCUUAUUGAGUUUAGGGAUUGUGCUUUGAAGGAGAAUGCAGCAGCCCAGCAGUGACCGGGGUUGAUUCCGGUUCCUCAGCGGCUGGUGUUUCCCCGUCACCAAGUGCAUGGGGAAAGCAGUACACGCAGAUGGCAUGGACACUUGCGCAAGCCCAUUCGCACUCAGUCCCCCAGCACCUUCUGCCCCGAGAGCACUGCAGCAGCGCCGCCGGCCGCCCCUGAGCCACAGCAGACGGCAUGAGGAGGCUUGAUCCGGUGCAUUUCUCCAUGCUCGUCAUCGGGGUCUCCUUCGCCUGCUACGCCCCGAGUUUGGAUUCGCUGCAGGACCAGGCUUACCGAUCGGCCGUGGUGAUCGAAGGCGAGGUGAGCUCGCUUCCCGAGAACGUCUCCGUGGAGCCCUAUAGUGUGAAUGUCAAAGUGCUGAACGUGUGGCCGGUGAACAGCGGCGGGCUGGAGCGCGAGCAGCUAGUCACCAUCGGGGAAUUCGGCUCCGAGGCUCCGUGCGUGGCGGUGGAGAAGCACCACAGAUAUAUCUUUUUCAUGGACCCUACGGAGGAGCCUUUAGUAUUCAAAGCGUCGUUUGCUCCUCUGGACAGCACCGAGAAGACCCUCAAGAAAGAUGUGGAGAGCAUAUUGUGUGAAGACUGCGCAUCAGCUCCGAAGGUGAAGCCCAUGGAUUCUCAGUGGCUCCUGGAAGGUAAAAAGUUGACACUCAAGUGUGAAGCUGUGGGCAACCCAAGCCCCUCCUUCAACUGGUACAAAGAUGGCAGCCAGCUCCGCAAGAGGAAAGACGUCAAAAUCAAAUCCAACAAGAAAAACUCAAAGCUUCACAUCAGCAGAGUGAGAUUGGAGGAUUCUGGGAACUACACCUGUGUGGCGGAGAACUCACUGGGCAGAGAAAACGCCACCAGCUAUGUCAGCGUCCAAAGCAUAACCACUACAUUGUCUCCGGGCUCAAGUCAUGCCAGGAAGUGCAAUGAAACCGAGAAGACAUACUGCGUUAACGGUGGAGACUGUUAUUUCAUACAUGGUAUAAAUCAGCUGUCUUGCAAGUGUCCAAAUGACUAUACCGGUGAACGCUGUCAAACCUCCGUUAUGGCCGGUUUCUACAAGCAUCUUGGAAUUGAAAUCAUGGAGGCUGAGGAGUUGUACCAAAAACGUGUGCUGACGAUAACGGGCAUCUGCGUGGCACUGCUGGUGGUUGGCAUCGUGUGUGUGGUGGCAUACUGCAAAACCAAGAAACAAAGGAAAAAGAUGCAUAACCACCUGCACCAGAACAUGUGUGCGGAGCAUCCGAACCGCAUGCUGGCCAACGGUCCCAAUCAUCCCGGCCCCGGGCCUGAGGAAAUCCCCAUGGUGGAUUAUAUAUCUAAGAAUGUCCCAGCAACUGAGCGAGUAGUACGACACGGAACAGAGACAUCAGGCAAUUUCUCGGGCAGCAGAAUGUCGUCACGAUCCCACCACACCUCCACAGCUUCUCACCCUUCCAGUCACCGGCACGAGGAGCGCACUUGGAGUAUGGAGCGGACGGACAGUCAGUCGGGGGCACUCUCUUCCUCUGUUGGCACCAGUAAAUGCAGCAGCCCGGCGUGUAUGGAGGCUCGUGCCCGCCGAGCAGCAUACUGUGGGUAUCCUAACACUACACAGUGCCCCCUACAGUACGGAGACUCUUACGACUCCCUGCGGGACUCACCUCACAGUGACAGGUACGUGUCUGCUCUGACCACACCGGCGCGUCUAUCUCCUGUAGACUUUCACUCCUCACUGCCCCCGCAGGUGCCUACCUUUCAGAUCACCACACCCAACGCCAGCCACGCUCUUUCCCUGCCACCCGCCGCUUCGGCCAUCGCCAUGGCCUACUCACCCGAAGACGACCAGCCCCUCCUGCACCGCUACCGACGAUCCCGACACCCGUAUUACGCGGCAGAGAGCACGGGCUCCCUUCCGUCCAGCCCGUACCGCUUCGUGGAUGACGAGGAUUAUGAGACCACACAGGAAUACAUGUCCUCCCGAGAGCAGCCGAAGAAGAGCAGCAGCGGCCGCCGUUGGCGCAGGAGGUCACGGUUCAAUGGCCACGUGUCGCAGCACACCCCGGGCCCCAGGAACUACAGCUCUCAAAGCUGCCUUUCGGACAGCGAGUGGGAGGACGAUGAGGUCGGAGACCUCGCCCACGGCGAGAGCACGCCGUUUCUUAGUAUGCAGAACAUGAACGCUACCGAACCGGCCACCAUCUACCGACCCAACGACACGCGGACUUUCACCAACACGGGACGCUCAGGCUCCCGGGGGAAUGUGCAGGCCAACAAACUGUCGCAGUCACGGUCCAGACCGGACAAUGCACCCCUUUAAAAAAGAAUGACGAGAGCAAGGACGAACGAACUUGCGUAGGCGCGAAAACAAAUGAUAUGCUAUAGACCUGCACCUAUGAGAAAUAUUUUUUAUUUUAUAUAACAGACAGAUAUUCUAAACAAAUGAAAUAUUUAUUUUCAUUUCAGCAAAAAUUGUCUACUAGCUAGCAGCAAAGACUUUUUUUAUAGGGGGAAAACUAUUUAUAUGUAAUUCCUUUUUUUGAUUUACAGCAUUACGAAGAAGAAUUACGUGCCAAUUUUUUCACGAGUUAGAAAUAGAAUAAUAUUGUGGUGCCUUUUGCUGUUUGCCGACGAGGGAGGUUCAGUUGAAUUUUUGUAGCCUUUCUUAAAAACAGACUCUUGGGUUUUAUAGACAUGUUUUUCUGUUUUUUCUUCGUUCGUUUGUUUCGUUUGUUCAGGAUCUCCCCAUUUGAACUGUGAUAUUAUUCAGACACCAUGCAAUAUCGAAUCACUUCUGUGUAAGGUGUUUGUUUACAUGACUAGGAUUCACGUGCACACAUAACCGACGUUAAAUUGCAUCGGAUGCCAAUCCGUCCGCGCAUCUGAGCGCCGUUUGCGUUCGUCUUUGGUUUCUACGUUUGACGUUUUCCUUUCUCUCAACUGGUUGUCGCAUAUUGUUUCCAUUGAAACAAAGGUACGCAGGAGUUCACAGGGCAUGACGCUGGGUCGCAGUAUCGGCCCUGGUGUUCAGGGUUUUUGAAACGGUGGUCUGUGCGUCCAAUGAAUGCGUUUACACUUCUGUCCGUGUGCGUGAGAAUAUCAUUGAACCUCAGUGUAUACAUACGUGUAUUUGUGUACGCAAUUUCGUGUGAGAACGCGUUUCGUUUGUGAGUUAGCGUUGUGUUCGUCUUCAGGUUAGCGUUUCGAGCGUGUGUGCGUGUUGU